AUGGAAUCGCCUUGGGACCACCAGAUGCGAGGAAUGGACUUUGAUGCGAAGAAGGAAGCAAGAAUGAUCCGACAGCUGUGCCAGACCCUCAACCUACAACAUUCCCAGGCAUGUGUUGAGAAGGUAGACUUUGACCUGCUGGCGGUUUUUCUCAUGCAGGAAACGCACUGGAACAUCCACAUCAGGCAACUGGUUGAUAUGGUGCUGGACCAAUUUGGUCCAAAGGCCCAUCCACUGGGCGAACCGCUUCCGGAACCAACUGACAAUCAUAAGAAACCAUUUGCGCCGAGGACCCCCCUGCAAAGCCAGAUCCACCAUGCAGCCCUUCACGUCAACCAAACCAUCAACCAACACACCCAAUAG